CUGAGAGAGAGAGAGAGAGAGAGAGAGAGAAGAGAAAGUCUUCUCUUAUCAAGAAAAAGCAAAGUUUUCCGGGUAGUGGGUCUGAAAAACGUUUGUGUCUUUAGAGAGAUUUUUGGGAUUGGGAUUGGUGGUGGGAAGAGAAGAUUAUUGGGGGGUCUGUGAAUUUUUUUUGGGGAUGGCAACGUUUGGAGGGACAACCCAGAAGUGCAAAGCAUGUGAGAAGACAGUAUACUUGGUUGAUCAGCUCACUGCUGACAACAAAGUCUACCACAAGGCCUGCUUCAGAUGCCACCACUGCAAGGGCACCCUCAAGCUUAGUAAUUACUCCUCUUUUGAGGGUGUUUUGUAUUGCAAGCCUCACUUUGAUCAGCUAUUUAAGAUGACUGGGAGCUUGGAUAAAAGUUUUGAAGGUAUACCAAAAACUGUUCGAGAAAGAUCCGAUCAGACCAACAGUAAAGUUUCGAGCUUAUUUGCUGGGACUCAAGACAAGUGUGUUGCUUGCAAGAAAACAGUUUACCCCAUCGAAAAGGUGGCAGUUGACGGCACAUCAUACCAUAAGCCUUGUUUCCGGUGCACUCAUGGAGGCUGUGUGAUCAGUCCAUCAAACUAUGUAGCUCACGAGCAUCGUCUCUACUGUAGGCAUCACCAUAGCCAACUCUUCAAGGAGAAGGGAAACUUCAGCCAGCUUAGCAAGCACGAAGAAGUGAAAGAGGUGACUGAGAACACAGACGCAGAGGUUUAGUAAUUCGAUCAAAACUUCCAUGCUAAAACUGAUCACUCCCAGACCAGAGUUUCUAAGCAAGAGUACGAUGCAACUGUUGUAGCUUGUACAAGAAGAGCUAUUCGGGUUCCUUUUUUUUUUCUUUCUAUUUCUAUGUAAUGUGUUGCACUUUCAGGUACAAAAAUUUGUUUUGCACUUUCUUGCAAAUUUUUGAGUGUGAGUUUGAAUGGAUGAUAUACCGCAAGUUAAUGCGUAAUUUUCAAAUAAAAUACUAUUGGUUGAAAUUGUCA